GCCCUGCGUCCGUAAUCGAAUAAAAAUAAUCAGAUUUUGACAUCUUCGGUCUUGUCUGUCUUGACACUCGCUGCAUCCCAUCUCUCUGCGGAAACCCCACCUUGUCGUCGUUGGUAGGAUAGUGCAGUAGGAGAAGAAGAAGAAGAAGAAGAAGAUGCAGCGACGCGGCGGCGAUGAUGAAGAAGAUGUCGAGCUCGGCGAGCUGGAGAACGCGGCUUUCCUGCCGCGCGGUACUGCAGAGGUGGAGCGUCAGGCGGCGGGAGGGGGGAUCCUGAAAUGGGUGAGAGGGUUCGUGGCGGGUUUGUCGAGGAUUAGGCUGAUGCUCCUGGUGCUGAGCAUCUUCAUCACGAUCCUGGUCUGGCUUGGUUUUCUGAACGCGGAUUCUGUGCCCGCGGCGGUGCCUCCGGAAUCUCAAGCGCUGGCGGACGAGCUGGCGGCGAGCUUGAAGGACACGGCGAUUCCGGCGUUUGUGCUUACUUAUGCGCCCUUGGUCUUCCUGGAUAAGAAAGAUGCCUUCCAUCCCAGUGAUCUCGCAGCGCAUAUCGCGCACACGCACCCCGAGGUGAAUUUCACGCGCGUGCGAGACGUGCCGGACCCGCUCACGCUGGGAAACCUAGAUGUGCUGAAUAGCGUGAAUCGCAGCAGCGCGGGCGACAUCUACCUCACAUCGACCGAGGACGUGACGCAGCUGCCGCGAUUCCUGCGGGGGAGGAAACCGGACGCCAAGACGUUAAGGACGGAGAAGGCGGUUAGUUGCGCGGUGGUCGUGGUCGAGAAGGGGGACGGCGUCGUGGAUGCUUUUUAUAUGUAUUUUUAUACUUUUAAUAGGGGCCCGAGUGUGUAUGGACAUGUGAUUGGUGAUCAUUUGGGGGACUGGGAGCACAACAUGAUCCGCUUCAAGGACGGUCACCCCUCAGCUGUCUGGUACUCACAACAUGAGUACGGCGCAGCCUAUACCUACGCCACGGUCCCCAAGAUCGGAGUGCGUCCCAUCUCCUUCAGCGCGCGCGGCUCCCACGCCAACUAUGCCACAGCCGGGAAGCACGAUCUCCACUCAUCCAGUGAUGCCAUCCCGGCAAAUCUCGUCUACGAUCAUACAUCACUAGGACCUUUAUGGGACCCGACGUUAGCCGCGUAUUUCUAUACGUAUGAAGUAGAAAGUGGAAAGUUUGAGAGUGUGCUCGGGGAGACGGCUUGGUUGGGGUUUGAGGGCAGAUGGGGUGAUGCUGAGUAUGCUGAUGAGAAAUUGGGUCAGGAGACCUGGCAGGGCUUUCAUAGGUGGACGGCGGGCCCGCAAGGACCGGCUUUCAAGGGCCUGGGGAGAGACCAGGUUUGUUUACCGGGGAGGCAGGAGUGUGUUGUUAGGGAGGAGAUUUGAUUUGAUUUGAUGGGACUUUGCUUUGUGCGGUGUGCUGUGGGCAUCAGAAGAGAAAGCCUUCGGUUUUGUAUAUUAACUAACUUUUGGCUUUUCUUCUUUUUUUGGCUUUUUUUCUUGGGAGGAUAUGCAAACUGUACAUAUAUAGAAAAGAAAGGUAACGAACGGGAUUCAAAUCCUCACGGG